AUGUCAUCGAGAAAGAAGGUCCUUCUCAAGGUCAUUAUCCUUGGCGAUAGCGGUGUCGGAAAGACGAGUCUGAUGAACCAAUAUGUCAAUAAGAAGUUCAGUGCAAGCUACAAGGCCACAAUCGGCGCCGACUUCCUGACGCGCGAGGUUCUCGUCGACGACCGACAGGUGACGAUGCAGCUUUGGGAUACGGCAGGACAGGAGCGCUUCCAGUCUCUGGGCGUCGCCUUCUACCGUGGUGCCGACUGCUGCGUGCUCGUAUACGAUGUCAACAACUCCAAGAGUUUCGAUGCUCUGGACAGCUGGAGGGACGAGUUCUUGAUCCAGGCUUCGCCUCGGGACCCGGACAACUUCCCAUUCGUCGUUCUCGGAAACAAGAUUGACGUUGAGGAGAGCAAGAGAGUGAUUUCGACCAAGCGCGCCAUGACAUUCUGCCAAUCCAAGGGCGGCAUUCCCUACUUCGAGACCAGCGCAAAGGAGGCCAUCAACGUCGAGCAGGCUUUCGAAGUUAUCGCGCGGAACGCCCUGGCCCAGGAGGAGUCCGAGGAGUUCAGCGGUGACUACCAGGACGUCAUCAACAUCCCCAUCGAAAACCCCCGGGACGGAUGUUCUUGCUAA